AUUUAUUAGAAUAACAAAUGUCCCCAUUACCAGAACCAAACAAUAAUGGAAUUCAAACACCUGAGAAUAGAGAAGCCUACAGAUUUAUUUACAAGAACAAGGAAUAUGAUUUUACAGAAUAUGUUCCUAAACACCCUGCAGGAAGAAGUUUCUUUGAUAAAAUGAAAGAUGAGAAAUAAGACAUUACCGAAUAUUUUAGCUGUCUACAUUCAAAAAAGGCAUUGAAAAUAUUAAAGUCCUAAAAAGUUGUGCGUACUGAUCUUAAGGAAUCAGAAGACAGCAAACGUUAUUCUCAUAUCAAGAAGUAAGUCAAAGAUCUUUUCUAACCAGAUUGGACCAUUGAAAUCCUUCUCCUCGUAGCAUUGAGUCUUGGAUUAUAUCUUGGUGUCACAACUGAUUGGUACAUAGCCAUACCGACAAUUGCACUAACUUAGAUAGUGGCUGGAUGGUAAGGCCAUUCCACCAAUCAUAAUCGACAUCCAUUGUUGUAUAAGUUCUCCAUUCCCUAUGGUAUCCUCCAUGGCUUCUCCGCAGACUGGUGGUAAUUCAAACAUAAUAACCAUCAUAUCUUCACUAACAGAAUUGGAAAGGAUGAUGACAUCGAUCACACAUAUUAAAUGUGGUAAUACGGAUUCCUCUAUUUAAAAUGGAAGGUUGAUUCAGUCAUUGCAUCCUAUAAUAAAAUUGACAUUCUCUACGUGUUGAUGCAUCAAGUUAUUGUAUUCUAAUAAAAAAUUUGGAUCUAUUUGGUUGCACAAUAUAUCGCAGGAUUCUUCAGUGCAUGCAUUCUCAUUGGAAAUCAUGAAAGAGAAUAUAAAUUCUACAAAAAGAUUGACAAGCCAUUCAUUGAACAUUAAAUCAUCACCUCCAGAAAUUAUGACUGGACAGAUUGGUUAUCCAAUUUGAUAAUGGGAGGCAUGCAAUUCUAAACAGAACAUCAUUUAUUUCCUCAAAUCCCAUUUUAUAGAUUGCCUCAUGCAGCCAAAAUUAUUAACAGAGAAUUGAAUAAAUUUGGAUAUAAAAUUCGUGUGGAUAAGAUAUUGUGAUAUAUUUUUAUUAAAAUAAAUAAAAUUUGAAAAUUUAUAUUCAAA